AUGCCUGGUAUCUUGCCCAUGAAAGUGAUCAAGGUCGGCGGCACUGGCACGCAGAGCCGCAUCGCCCAAGCCUGCGACCGUUGUCGUAGUAAAAAGAUCCGCUGCGAUGGCGUUCGCCCCUGCUGCUCACAAUGCGCCAACGUCGGCUUCGAGUGCCGAACCAGCGACAAGCUCAGCCGCCGAGCCUUCCCCCGCGGAUAUACCGAGUCGUUGGAAGAACGAGUCAGGAGUCUGGAGACAGAGGUGAAGGAUCUGAAGGAUCUGUUGGAUGAAAAGGACGAGAAGAUCGACGUCUUGUCAAGGAUACAUUCGUUCUCGCCUGCGUCGCAACGAGCGGCGUCGAUGCGGUCUCCCUCGGCAGCCGCAACGUCCAAACCAAGCCCCUCAGAAUCGCCGGAGGGCGUGAUCCAUGUAGAGCGAUCGUUGAAGCGUCCAUCCCCGCAGUUACAAAACCCGUACACGGGGUUUUCUAGCACUCAGGGAUUUGCCGAUGUAUUCACCGACAGACUUGUCAGUCAGGGAAAGUCCGCGACCAAGAUUCCCACGGUGGCGCUGACCGCAUUGUCUGCCUCGGUAUCUCGAGGCAAACCGAGCCAAGCAGUGAAAACACCACCCCGCUUGGUCUCGGAUCAACUGAUCAACAUCUUUUUCCAAGAGUGGGCUCCGCUGUACCCAGUGGUACAUCGACCGACAAUUUUGAAGGCCUAUGAGCAGUAUCUCAGCAAUACCGAGUCUCUUCAGCGCGAUGCCCAUUCCAUGGCACAGUUGAAUUUAAUCUUUGGUAUUGCAGCGCUUUCUUCAAUUUCGAGAACCAACCAAGAUCCGACCUUCUUUGAGGAAAACUGGUCGACUACCCUUGACUCAUUCUCGGGCGAGACCUCCAUGUCGAGUCUGCAGUGCUUUGUCCUUGGUCAGAUCUAUUGUAUGACAAAGGGCGACUAUCGCACUUUGCUUCGCUACCGCGCUCUUGGUGUGGAUAUUUGCCACCAGUUGGGCCUGCAUGAGAACCUAGAGACGUCCACCAACCCUCUCGAAGACGAGACCCGCAAGAAGGUUUUCUGGUCUCAAUAUGUUCUGGAUCGUUUCUGCUCCGCCUUGACUGGAAUGCCUGUUCUCUUGCGCGAGGACGACAUCCAAAUCGAAUACCCGGUUGAUGUGGACGAUGAGAAUGUUACCGAGACUGGUUUCUUGCCAACACUCCCUGGGGAGUCCACCCGUAUCUCUAGUGCUAUUGCACUUUUCGGAGCUUCCAGAAUCCUGAACCAGGCUUUGGAGGAUAUGUUCUCCUCCAAGUCUGAAUACGAUGUCUCUGUUUCAAAGAUGCGCUCGGUUGCCGGACAGUUGGAUGAGUGGCUGCAAACUUUGCCUGCCCAUCUUCGUCUCGAGUUUAGUCAGGACAAGCCCAGCACAAAUGUCACCAGCAGCCGUUCACCUCUUCUGUCUCUUGUCUACUACUUCAUCAGGUCUUUGAUUCACCGUCCGGCUGUGUGUUUCGCAGACGAGAGCCUCAGCUCGCCGUCCGUCCUGGCAUUGUCUGAUUCGGCCAAGCACAUUGUUCAGAUUCUUGAACUUCUCGAUGAAAGACGGCUCUGCCUCUCUUUCAGUAUUAGCCGCAAAGAGUUGAUAUUUUUCGCUGGACUUGGGCUUCUGUGGCAAAUGCUUGGUGUGAAACGCGAGAGCAAACUCGCCAAGGAGACCCAGAAGAUGCUUGGUACCGCUCUGGGACAACUCCAAGCCGACUUCACUGAGGCAGCAGCUGAAUUCAACACCUUGUCAAGCACUUUGGUUUCAUUGGACGAUGGCAGACGGUCAUCGUCCGACAAGGCUUCCAGCGAAAUGGUUGCGCCGACACACAAGCCACACAAGUCUCCCAAAAAGCACUUACAAGCUUUGAAAUCGCGUCUUACCAACGCCGUUCGCGAACAACCAAAGCAAGACUCGCCUCAAGCUUCCCGCCGAAACACCAUCUCGGGCGCAACUCCACCGCUCGCCGCCCAAUCCCUUCGCUCACCCAGCUGGAGCAGCCUCCCCCCUGCACAGCACGAUCAUCUCGCCCCUCAAUAUGACCACUCUCCUCUUGACCUCGCGUCAGCGCCACUGAACUACGAACAUCACCGGUCAUUGUCUUGCUCAACACCCUCCGACCCAGCCACCGGUGCUAUCACCAUGGCCGACUGGGAAUACGUACUCAGCGACAUGGACCGCGGCUACUCCAACAUCUUCACAGGAAUUUACGGCGGCAAGGACUGUGGUGAAGACUCCGGACCCUUUGCUUCAAUCACAGCUGAAUGCAGCCGGAAACCCAUGGAGGCCCCGCUAGCCAUCCCGCCACCGAACGAACUCCAGAAUUUGUCGCCGGAGUCCUGGUCAGCCAGCAGUGGCGAAUUUGCGCCCGCGCAAGAACAUACGACGCAGAGCGUCCUCAGUUACUCAGGCGAGAGCAUGGGAAGUAUGGAUGACACCUUGGCCCCGUACACAGAUGUCAAGGUCUAUCCCGAGGACAUCAACACACUGGAUCCAUUCAAUGCUUUCACCAUGCCAAGCGAAGACAAAACCGACGACGGAUUCGACGAGUUCUCACUGGUAAAUGGAUGGGACCGACGGCUGGCCGUUUGA